CUCCUGGUCUACAGGAACGCCUGGAACAAUUCUGUCACCAUUGGGACCAAAACAUACAAUAGAGCUGCCGCGGACAGAAGGAAUGAGUCCGCCCGCAGAAAAAUUUCCAUUAUCUUCUACGUCAGACCAUUCUGAUUUACAGAAGCUAGUGUUUACCUCGGAAGUAGUUCAGGGGAAGAGACCUCGAAGCGAUUCCAUCGAUGAGCAAAGUGUUCUAUCACCGCCUUUUGGGCUAGAUGGUAAUAAUGAGCCCUCGACUCCUUUGUUGAAAAGAAUUCGAACCGAACAGCACCUCUCCAUUCAGAACAGUACAGCAGAAGGGAAGCAUACUCUUGACAACCUUUCAGCUGGAGAACACCGAACCACUCAACCAUUACUCAAUCCUCCACAUCACACCAAACCCUUUCCAGAAUUACCCAAACCCCUUCCAGGAUCACCCGGCAUGAGCAAUAGCCCCACCCCUACUGGCCCCCGCCCACCAGGAGAUAGAGGGACUAUCAACAAACUAUCGUUCGAGCUAUCAAAGGUCCGCAGUCAGCUGACUGCCUUGAAACAUUGUGAGAAAGGGAUGUCAGAAGAGCUUAUUCGUCUUGGUGUUCCCCAGCCGAAGAGUAACGAAACAGCACCCUCUCCGCAUGAUAUGGAGGCGCGACUGAUACUGCUUGAAAUCGAGUUGCAGCAGGAAAGGACACAACGUCUCCAUGCUGAACGUUUGCUCAGUGAAGUAGAGAGGGAGUGCAAGAUUCCGUUUGUGGUGCCAGCGUUGUUCCAGGCGUUCUGCAGAAUAUCGGAGCUUGGGCACCAUGAAUAAUCCAAGUGCUUUUUUUGCAUACGUGCAUAUCCAGAGUCAUCGCCCGAGUUCAGGUUCUGUGCUCAACCGG